AUGGCGGGAGCCGGGGGUCCUCUGCGCCUCCGCGACUGGCUGGUGGCACAGAUCGAGAGCGGGCGCUACGCGGGGUUGCGCUGGGAGGACGCGGGCAAGACCCUUUUCCGCAUCCCCUGGAAGCACGUAGCCAAGCAGGGCUACCAGGUGCAGCAGGACGCGGCGGUCUUCAGGGCCUGGGCCGUGUACAAGGGCAAGCACCUGGAGGGCACUGACAAGGAGGACCCCUCCACCUGGAAGACCCGGCUCCGCUGCGCCCUCAACAAGAGCGCCGACUUCCGCGAGGUCCGUGAGCGCAGCCAACUGGACAUCUCCAACCCCUACAAGGUCUACCAGAUUGUGUCUGAUGCUGCCCAUGGCCCAGGUACUAUCCUGCCCCUGGAGGCAGUGGCCGAGGAUGGAUCCCUGGGGAACAACAGGCUGCUCUUUCUCCAUCCAGCCACCAGGGCCUGUGCUCCCCCUGAAGAGGAGGGCACUCCCCCGAGCCAGCAGGAACCCCCUGGGGAAGUGAGUGAGCCCACCCGCAGACCAGGCCAGGAUGGCUCCAGAUUAGCCACACAAGAUGAAGACAAGGAGCAGCCCCCCAGGCUGGCCCAGCAGGGUUCCUUGCCACCAGCCGCUCUCCUCCCAUGCCCUUUGGCUGACCACAGGUACCAGGCACGGGGUCCCGAACACCUCUGGAGCCUGACACUCUCGGAAGACUUCAGCAACCCUGGCCCGCUCGCCCCGCACCGCGCCCGGCCCAACAAGCUGGAGCGCGAGCGCACCUGCCAGCUGCUCGACACGCGCCGAUUCCUCGAGGAACUGCGCGCCCACCAGCAGGACGGCCACCCGGAGCCAGAGUACCAGAUCCGCCUGUGCUUUGGUGAAGAGUAUCCGGGCCCCCCAGACCAGCCUGAGGAGCGGCUCAUCAUGGCCCACGUGGAGCCAGUCUUCGCCCGUGAGCUCCUCCUGCAUUCAAAGCUCCUGGGCACUGACGCCCCACUGGGUCCCCAGCCCGGCAUCCCUGAUGGUGUCACUCACCUUCUGACGCAGCUGAGUCCGCCCUAG